AGGCAGUGAGGCUGCUGAGGCAGCUCAGGCUGCCAGGACAAGGUGGUCAGUCUACCAGGACAUGCUGUCUGGCUGCCGGUAAAUCAAGUUAAGGAAAAUAUAUUUGUAUAACAGAAUAAUUCUGGUUGGUGUUAGGUGUACAAUGCCUCCCCCAAGAAUUAUUUUCUACCUCAGUGCUGGUGGUGUUGCUGUGGGCAGCAUUGUUUUAUUCAAAGAAUUGUUGGGUGGGUCCAACUACAGUGGUCCUGAGAUGCUGGAAGGCAAAACUGUGAUUGUGACUGGAAGCAACACAGGCAUCGGUCGGGAAACAGCUCUGGAGCUAGCAAGGAGGAAAGCUCGCGUUAUAAUGGCUUGCCGAAAUUUGACCAAAUGCAAAUUGGCCCGGAAAGAAAUAAUUGCAGAGACUCUAAACAGGAAUGUGGUUUGCAGGGAAUGUGACUUAUCGUCUUUUGAAUCUAUCAGACAGUUUGCUGCAAGGAUCUGUGCUAAAGAGAGCACUGUUGAUAUCCUCAUCAACAACGCCGGCGUGAUGCGCUGCCCACGGACUCUCAGUAAAGACGGCAUUGAACUCCAACUAGCCACCAACCACCUUGGUCACUUCCUCCUCACUAUGUUGCUACUAGAUAAAAUCACCGCAAGUGAGAAUGGCCGCAUCGUGAAUGUGUCAAGCAUCGCUCACAUGCGCGGUUCCAUCAACUUUGAUGACUUGAACAGUGAAAAGAAUUAUGAUCCCAGCUCAGCGUAUGACCAGAGCAAACUUGCCAACGUCAUGUUUACUCUACGACUUGCCAAGGAGUUGCAAGGCACAGGCGUCACAUGUUCUGCUGUCCACCCUGGUCUUGUGAACACAGAAAUCGGCCGACACAUGAGCGUGUACAAGAGCUGGCUAUCUUUAUUGUUUCUAAGGCCUUUUUUAUGGCUCUUUCUAAAAACUCCACGCCAGGGCGCGCAGACAACGUUGUAUGCUGUCCUCAGCCCUGAUGCCACCAAGUCUGGGGCCUAUUACAGUGACCAGCGAGAAGCGACGCCUGCAGCAAGUGCCCUCGAUGAGGCAGCGCAGGAAAGACUGUGGCAGACGAGCCUCAAAUGGACGAGGCUACAGACGUAGUUGACGGGAACGGUGUUGUGCGAGGAGCGAUGACGAGCCUCAGGUGGACGAUGUUGCAGACAUAGUUGACGGGAACGGUGUUGUGUGAGGAGCGAUGACGAGCCUCAGGUGGACGAUGUUGCAGACGUAGUUGAAGGGAACGUGUUGUGUGAAGAGCGAUGAUGAGCCUCAGGUGGACGAUGUUGCAGACGUAGUUGACGGGAACGGGGUUGUGUGAGGAGCGAUGACGAGCCUCAGGUGGACGAUGUUGCAGACGUAGUUGACGGGAACGGUGUUAUGUGAGGAGCGAUGACGAGCCUCAGGUGGACGACGUGGCAGACGUAGUUAACGGAAACUGUGUCCUGUGAUAGGUGAUUGUUAACUUAUACUUCAUGGUUAUAUAGAACAUUGUUCUUUGGGUUGGUGUAACUCAAAAUUAUUGUUUAAUAGACAGUAAAGACGCUGUGUCUGCGCAACAACGGUGUGUUAAAUUUGCUUUAAUUCACUCCAGUAAAUAUUUAUUGUAUAUAAUAAUUAAAAUGUUGUCGAAAAAUUAUACGUUGUAAUUUUC